AUGGAAAUACCAAACUAUGAUAGUGUUGAUGAUCCAGAUAAAAAAUAUAAACAGCUAUUUCCUUUUAUGCCAGCGGAUACUUUUCGAAUGUUAAUUUGUGGAAACAGUGGAAGUGGUAAAACUAAUUUGCUUUAUCAUAUGUUAAUUAAACCACUAUUAUACUAUGAUGAGAUUUAUCUUUAUGCGCGUAAUCUAGAACAGGAUAAGUAUCAAAAGUUAAUUCAAAAAAUGAGGGAGUUGAGUAGUGAAAUGGGGUAUGAAAUACUUCAUGUAAGUAAUGAUGAAAUAAUUCCAGUGUCAGAUUUGGAUUACGAAGACAAUCAAAAACUUGUGAUAUUUGAUGAUUACGUUUGUGAUAAAAACCAGAGACAACUUAUUGAUUAUUUCAUCCAAGGAAGACAUAAGAAUUGCUCUGUAAUAUAUCUCAGUCAAUCAUUUUACAAAACUCCAAAGGAUAUUCGAUUAAAUUGUUCUCACUACUGUAUGUAUGAAUUUCCAUCAUCAAGGGAAGCAAAUCGCAUAUCAUCAGAAUUAGGAGUUGAUAAAGAGGUUUAUAAAUCAGCAACAAAAAAACCCUUUUCAUUUUUAUAUAUUGAUAAACCUAAAAAACGUAUUGCAAAAAACUUUACUAGUAAUCUAUAAAAAAAUAUAAUUAUUAUAUAAAAUGGGAAUAUUUAACGAACAAACUUUUGAUCAUCCUUUUGCUAAAGGAAUUCAGGGUGCUCCAGGAGUUGGAUUUAGUCUAACAGCAGAUGGAAAUUAUGAUAUUAAUAAAAAAAGACUUACAAAUGUUGGUGCACCUAGUAAUAAUACUGAUGCUGCUACAAAAAAAUAUGUUGAUGAUAAUUCUAGUGGAUCACAAACAACAACACGAUUAACAGUUGAUUCAAACAUUGAUAUGAAGGAUAGAUAUCGUAUUUUAAACCUUAUCACACCACAGGAUUCUAAAGAUCCAGCAACAAAAUAUUACGUAGACAACACAUUUCUUGACAGAGAUGGAUCUUACCCAAUGAAAGGAAAUCUAAAUAUGGACAACAAUCGAAUAUUAAAUCUGCCAGCUCCAAUGGGUCCUAAACAACCAACACCAUUAGCUUUCACAGAUUUGAAGUAUCUUCACGUUAAUGGAACAAAUAAAAUGACUAAUAAUCUAAACAUGGAUAAUAAAAAAAUAAUUAACCUUAGACCACCAACAGACUCCACAGACGGUGCAACGAAAAAGUAUGUGGACGACUCAAUACCUGAUACUAGUUCUUUUAUAAAAAAGGAUGGAAGUGUUGCAAUGACUAGUAACCUAAAUCUUGGAAACAAAAAAAUAGUUGGUCUCGCAACUCCAGUGUCAAACACAGACGCCGCAACAAAGAAAUAUGUGGAUGAUAACACAGGUGCCCCAGAUUUGAGUGAUUACUUGGAAAAA